CCCCCAUUUAUCCAAUUUCUUCUACUGCUGCAGCCCCUCAUUUUGCCGCGAUUUCUCUCCUAAACGCAGAGGCAGAGCUCGAGGUCAAUCGAAGAUGGUGCAGCGACUUACGUACCGUAAGCGUCACAGCUACGCCACCAAAUCCAAUCAGCACCGCGUUGUCAAGACGCCUGGGGGGAAGUUGAUCUAUCAAACCACCAAAAAGAGGGCCAGCGGUCCCAAAUGUCCCGUUACCGGAAAGAGAAUCCAAGGGAUUCCGCACUUGAGGCCUGCUGAAUACAAGAGGUCUAGACUUGCUAGGAACCGUAGAACCGUUAAUCGACCAUAUGGUGGGGUGUUGUCAGGCAGUGCCGUUAGAGAGAGGAUUAUUCGUGCUUUUCUGGUAGAAGAGCAGAAGAUUGUGAAAAAGGUAUUGAAAAUCCAAAAGGCAAAGGAAAAGUUAGCCAGCAAGAGUUAAAUGUGUAGGUGAAAAGUAACUGCUCUGUGUUUUAGCAGUAUUUUGCCCUGAAUUCGCAAAACUUAGUGUUGAUAGCGAUUAGGUGUUUCUGUUUGGUUGAUUUGAUCAUCACAUUGUCAUUCUUCACUUCGUCAACAAAUCAAUUUCUGAGGUCUUGUUUAGUGAUAUUAUGUAUCGACUAAGGCAAUUCUUGGAUGUCAUUUUAGCUCCCUUCUAAAGAUUUUUGUACUUUGUUGCUGAAUCUUAUACGUUCAUGCUUCUUGAUUUGGUAUUUGAAUGGAACUUUUCCGAUCAAUCAUUAGAUGGAGUUGAUUUUA